AUGUCUUCAAUUAUUAAGGAAAUCUUUGUAGACCCCUACAAAAGGUUGAAAUGGGGGUUUAUCCCGGUGAAGAGACAUGUAGACGACUUACAAGGCGAUCUAGACUCUACAACAAACUCAACCCACUCGGGUGAUACCAACAAUCGCGAAACGAAAGAGAGUAAUAUUAAUAAUACAACCGAGAAGGCCAAUUUGUAUUCUGAAAUAACUCAUCACGAUCGAAAUAAUGGGGACGAUACUACAGUAUAUGAAUAUAGAGAUGAAGCCAGUAGACCAUGGUGGAAAUUCUUCGAUGAACAAGAAUAUCGUAUCAAUAGAAAGGAAAGAUCACACAAUAAAUGGUACAGUUGGUUCAAAGAGGGAACAAGCUUUGAAGAGAAAAAAUUAUUGGUUAAAUUGGACGUUCUUUUGGCUUUUUACUCAUGUAUUGCUUAUUGGAUUAAGUACUUGGAUACAGUCAAUGUAAACAACGCCUACGUCUCAGGUAUGAAAGAAGAUUUAGGUUUCAAAGGUAACGACUUGGUUCGCACUCAAGUAAUGUACACAAUUGGUAACAUUAUCUUCCAAUUACCUUUUUUAAUAUACCUGAAUAAAAUUCCAUUAAAUUACGUUUUACCAAUCUUAGACUUAUGUUGGUCAUUAUUGACCAUUGGUGCUGCUUAUGUAAACUCUGUCCCACACUUGAAAGCGAUCAGAUUUUUCAUUGGUGCUUUUGAAGCCCCGAGUUAUUUGGCAUACCAAUAUUUAUUCGGUUCUUUUUAUAAACAUGAUGAAAUGGUACGCCGUUCUGCUUUCUAUUAUUUGGGUCAAUACCUCGGCAUCCUAUCUGCCGGUGGUAUUCAAUCAGCAGUAUUUUCAUCGCUAAAUGGUGUAAAUGGCUUGGAAGGUUGGAGAUGGAAUUUUAUUAUUGACGCAAUUGUAUCUGUUGCGGUGGGUAUCAUUGGUUUUUAUGUCCUACCAGGUGAUCCAUACAAUUGUUAUUCAAUUUUCUUGACUGACGAUGAAAUUAGAUUAGCUAGAAAAAGAUUAAAGGAAAAUCAAACUGGUAAAAGUGAUUUUGAAACAAAAAUAUUUGAUACUAAACUAUGGAAAUCUAUUUUUGGUGAUUGGAAAAUCUAUAUUCUAUCGCUAUGGAAUAUCUUCUGUUGGAACGACAGUAAUGUGUCGUCAGGCGCAUACUUGCUUUGGUUGAAAUCUUUAAAAAAAUAUUCUAUUCCAAAGAUUAACCAACUAUCUAUGAUUACUCCAGGUUUAGGUAUAGUCUAUUUAAUGCUAACCGGUGUUAUUGCAGAUAAAUUUCAUUCCCGUUGGUUUGCAAUUAUUUUCACACAAGUUUUCAAUAUUAUUGGUAACACUAUAUUAGCCGCUUGGGACGUCACAGAAGGAGCCAAAUGGUUUGGGUUCAUGCUACAAUGUUUUGGCUGGGCUAUGGCACCCGUUUUAUACUCGUGGCAAAAUGAUAUCUGUCGUAAGGAUGCCCAAACUAGAGCUAUCACAUUAGUUACAAUGAAUAUCAUGGCUCAAACAUCUACUGCAUGGAUCAGUGUUUUGGUUUGGAAAACAGAAGAAGCUCCAAGGUAUCUAAAGGGGUUUACCUUCACCGCAAGUUCGGCUUUCUGUCUUUCUGUUUGGACUUUUGUUGUUUUAUACUUCUACAAACGUGAUGAAAGGAAUAAUGCCAAAGAAAAUGGUAUUAUACUUUACAACUCUAAAUAUGACGAAAACCCAACAUCAAAAGAAGUCGAAAUUGUAUCAAUAGCCAAAGAAAAAGAAUUUUAA